AUGAAGUUCAAGGUGUCGCUUGGUGUAUCGCGCGCAUCGUGUGAGCCAGGACGGACCAACGAACCACCUCGAGCCCCUCAAUGUCAUCCAACUGAUACCGAUGUUAUUAAGUGCGUCGACCAUCCUUCUUUCAAGGUAUCCGGACGUCGACGCAACAUCGUUUGGCAGAGUGCGGCGAAACAAUACGCCGAUGUCCCGCGUACCAGAGGGGGAUGGAAAAUGCCAACGACGUUUGAGCACGCGCGCGCGCCCCCAUUGUCCCAACACCAAACCAACAUUGGUGGUAGCACCGUUUCUCACGAUUCAGAGAGUGUGCGUAGAACCAAGGGGAUAAUCGCGGACGUGGCCGGCAACCCCGCCUUCCAGCGAGUCGCCUGGGGCAUCUCACACAUCGAGGACGAGCCAUACAUGAUGGCGCCCGGAAUGGACCACCUCAUACUAGUUGGAGCAUGCUACGUCGACACAGUCAUGAGCGUUCCUCACUUCCCUGAAGAGGACUCAAAGUUACGAGCAUCGAGCCUGCGUGUCCGUCGGGGAGGCAACUGCCCCAACACGGUCGAAGUCCUCCAGCAGCUCAUUGCCGAGGAUCCGCCCAAGUCACCCCCCUCGAGGCCCCUGCGAAUACAUCUCGUCUCUCCUUUGCCGGAACGUCAAUCGCAGGCAACAGCCCAGAUCGUUGCCUCGCUCUGUCCUACAACCGGGGACGCCUCGCAGCCAAAGGACGAGGACGACGGCCCGCCGGCAGUCAGCUUCGAUCACUGUCUCUUCCGCAAGGGCCACCAGGCGCCAGCGAGCAGCUACAUCCUCCGUAGCGAGGCGGCGGGCACCCGGACCAUCGUCAACCACAAUAGUCUGCCCGAGAUGACGGCCGAUGAGUUCCUGCGCGUCGCCGAGGCGUUCAAGGGCCGCGGGCGUACAUGGUGGCAUUUCGAGGGGCGGAUCCCGGAGACAACGCUUAAGUGCAUUCGCCUGCUGAGGCGGGUGCUGGACGACGUGACCAUCAGCGUCGAGGUCGAGAAACCCGGACGGCCGGGGUUGAGAGAGCUCGCCGCCGAGGCGGAGGUUGUCUUCUACUCCAAAAGCUGGGCCGAGGACUGUGGGUAUACAUCCGCUGAAGCCUGCCUGAGGAGCGAGAUCCUGCCGCAAGCCUCGGUAGGUGCGGGAGAUACGUUCGUGGCAGGCAUGCUUUACGGGCUGAUAUGCCAGUCCGACACUUGGGACACGGCCGACAAGUUGGGCUACGCAGUCGAGCUGGCUACGCUCAAGGUCCAGCGGGAGGGGUUCGGUGGGCUGGGAAAUGACAUACAAAGUCGUGUUGGCGGUGGGUCGUCCGUAUCGGAUCAGGCCAGGCGCCGUUGA